ACCACUGUUUGCUGAAAUUUUGUGCGGAUUGCAGAGAAGGUCGACAUGGAUAGCUGCAAACGUUCUUUGGUGGUCGUAAUGGUGAUGGCGAUUCUGCACCGGUGUUGCUCCGCUGCUCCGGUGGCCACGGCGGCGAACCAGACGCGGGCGCCGGCGCUGUUCGUGUUCGGGGACUCCAUCGUGGACGCCGGCAACAACAACGCCAUCACGACGCUCGUCCGGUGCAACUUCGCGCCGUACGGCGAGGACUUCCCCGGCCACAACGCCACCGGCCGGUUCAGCAACGGCAAGGUCCCCGGCGACAUCCUCGCGACGCAGAUGGGCAUCAAGCAGUACGUGCCGGCGUACCUCGGCGCGGAGCUCAGCGACUUCGACCUCCUCACAGGCGUCACCUUCGCCUCCGGCGGCUGCGGCUUCGACCCCCUCACCGCCGAGCUCGUGUCGGUUCUCACCAUGGACAACCAGCUGGACCUGUUCAAGGAGUACAAGGAGAAGCUCCGGCGCAUCGCCGGCGCGCGGCGCGCCGCCGAGAUCGUGUCGGAGAGCCUGUACUUGGUGGUCACCGGCACCGACGACCUCGCCAACACCUACUUCACCACGCCGUUCCGGCGAGACUACGACCUCGACUCCUACAUCGACUUCGUCGUUCAGUGCGCCUCCGACUUCAUCCAGAAGCUGCUAGGGAUGGGAGCGCGGCGGGUGCACAUCGCCGGCGCGCCGCCGAUCGGGUGCGUGCCGUCGCAGCGGACCAACGCCGGCGGGCUCGACAGGGACUGCGUCUCGCUGUACAACCAGGCCGCCGUCGUGUACAACGCCCGCCUCGAGCAGGAGAUCAAGCGGCUCAACGGCACGGCGGCGGCGCCGCCACCGGGCACCGUGCUCAAGUACAUCGACCUCUACACGCCGCUGCUCGACAUGAUCCAGCGCCCCGCCGCCUACGGAUUCGAGGUGACGAACAGGGGUUGCUGCGGCACGGGGGUGUUCGAGGUGACGCUGACGUGCAACAGGUACACGGCGCAUGCCUGCAGGGACGUCGACAAGUUCCUCUUCUGGGACACCUACCAUCUCACGGAGAGAGGCUACAACAUCCUGCUCUCGCAGGUCAUAAACAAAUACGGAUUCUGAACAACUUGUGAUAUGGCAGAAUUUUUCAGCAAACAAGAGAGGAAACGGGGUUGUUUAGUUUGCAAUUUUUUUUUUGCAAAAACAUCACAUCAAGUUUUUAAACACAUUGAAGUAUUAAA